GUUCACUUCUCUUCUCAAUCACCUCAUUCAUUUUUCUGUUUAUCCGGAAAUAGUAACCAAAGAGCUAUAUGGAAAUGUCCAAUGUGAUGCUUCUUGUAGCGGUCGCUGCAGCGUAUUGGCUAUGGUUCAAGAGGAUAUCACGAUGGCUAAAGGGACCACGUGUGUGGCCUGUAUUGGGCAGCCUCCCUGGUCUGAUAGAGCAGCGUGACAGGAUGCAUGAAUGGAUCACCGAGAACCUCCGUGCUUGCGGUGGAACUUACCAGACUUGUAUAUGUGCAGUACCUUUCUUGGCAAGGAAGCAAGGUCUAGUGACUGUCACAUGUGACCCAAGGAAUCUUGAGCACAUGCUCAAGACCCGGUUCGAUAAUUACCCUAAAGGUCCCACGUGGCAAUCCGUCUUCCACGACCUUCUCGGUCAAGGUAUUUUCAACUCCGACGGAGACACCUGGCUCUUCCAACGCAAAACCGCAGCUCUCGAAUUCACUACAAGAACGUUGAGGCAAGCCAUGGGUAGAUGGGUAAACCAAGGAAUCAAGCUCCGGUUCUGUCCAAUCCUUGAAUCGGCUCAAACCAAAUCUGAGCCGAUCGAUCUCCAGGACUUGAUACUCCGGCUCACAUUUGAUAACAUUUGCGGGUUAGCGUUUGGUAAGGACACAAGAACCUGCGCACCGGGGCUUCCCGAGAACGGUUUUGCCUCGGCUUUCGACAGAGCCACUGAAGCCUCGCUUCAACGGUUUAUUAUACCGGAGUUUCUGUGGAAGCUGAAGAAAUGGCUAGGACUCGGCUUAGAAGUCAGCUUGAGCCGAAGCUUGGGAGAGAUCGAUGGAUAUUUAGCAAAGGUCAUAAGCACACGUAAGCAAGAGUUGAUGGAUCAGCAGGAGAGUGGGGCCCAGGGACACGACGACCUACUCUCGCGCUUCAUGAUGAAGAAGAAAGAAGCGUACAGCGACACUUUCCUCCAACACGUGGCGCUUAACUUCAUCCUAGCUGGACGCGACACGUCAUCAGUUGCGCUGAGCUGGUUCUUCUGGCUCAUCACCAUGCAUCCAACCGUCGAGGAUAAAAUCGUCCGGGAGAUCUGCUCCGUUCUGAUCGAGACACGUGGCACCGAGAACGCCGCGUCUUGGACGGAGGAGCCGUUGAACUUCGACGAGAUCGACAGACUGGUUUACCUGAAGGCGGCGCUCUCAGAGACGCUCAGGCUUUACCCUUCGGUGCCGGAAGACUCGAAGCACGUCGAGAACGACGACGUUUUACCGGACGGAACCUUCGUCCCGGCGGGAUCUUCGGUGAGUUACUCGAUAUACGCGGCGGGGAGGAUGAAGUCGACUUGGGGAGAGGAUUGUCUCGAGUUCGUCCCGGAGAGAUGGAUCUCGCCGGUCGACGGCAAGUUCAUAAACCACGAUCAGUAUCGAUUCGUGGCAUUCAACGCAGGACCAAGAAUCUGCCUGGGAAAAGAUCUGGCGUAUCUUCAGAUGAAGACCAUCGCGGCGGCGGUGCUUCUCCGUCACCGGAUUACUGUUGUGCCGGGACACAAAGUGGAGCAGAAGAUGUCGUUGACACUUUUUAUGAAGAAUGGACUUGUGGUUAAUCUGCAUAAGAGAGACCUCCAAGGAAUCAUCAAGAGUCUAGGGGUGGCCAGAAAUGACGUUGUCGUUAACGGUAAUUGCACCGGCGUCGCCGGUUACGUCAAUACGGAAGUGCCGGUGGCUUAAAAGCCAAUGAAGUUUCUCAUUCAUAUACACAUUUUUUUUUAAAUUCCAAAGCAAAACAUUUUGGACAGAGAUACGACUGUGGUUUCUGUCCGAUAUCGAACUGUAAGCAUAUAUAUACAUGGGAUAAUAGGUGUAAUAUACCCAAAAAAAAUCUAAAUUGGUCAAAUGUCCUUAUUAGUUUUGGAUAACCCAAAAAGGUGUAUCCUUUUGGUAUUGUAUAGACGAAAAUACCUCUCU